CCGGGGUGCAGAAGAGGCGGUGCUGGGGGGGUGUCAGUGCCGGUGAGGGGGUCCCGGUGCCGGGCUGCGGGGGAGGCAGUACCGGCGUGGAGGGUUUUCGGUGCCGGGGGUGCCAAACCCUCCCUGCGCACUCCGGUUUCGUUUCCCCGGUGGGGACCGUUCCGCGUCAGGGCGUGGUCUGUAGUGGCCGCACCCAAGAGGCGCGUCCAUGAAGGAGACCCCCCCGCCCAUAAGGGCGUAUUCCAUGGAAACCACCGCCCACAAAGGCGUGGUCCAUGGGGAAUCCCCGCCCAUCGAGGUGUGUCCCACGUGCUGCCCCGCCCAGGACGAGCCUGCGGAGGGUGUUUUGGGGUGCAGCCCCGUCCCUGGAGGCGUGUCCCGGACGGCCCCAGCCACCCCUCGCCCGUCCCGCAGGAGCUGGAGGAGGUGCGGGGCUGGGAGGGGGCCCGAGACGUGCGGCCGCUGGACCGGAACGUGCGGCGCUGGGAAGGGCUCCUGCUGCCCUGCUGCAGGACCUGCUGCUGCUGCUGGACAGCCACGACCCCCAGCGGGUGCUGCGGCCGGACCUGGCCCGGGAGCUGCAGGAGCACCCCGAGGAGUUCCGGCGCCGGGCACAGGAACACACCCGGCUCCACGCCGAGCCGCGCCCCGACCCCCCCGACCCCUGAACCCCCCACCCGGGGGGACCCCGGCUUCCCCUCUCCUUCCCUGUGCCAGCCAGGGCUGGCCCUGGCAUCACCCCUGCCUCGGCGCUGGACCUUGGGCAUUGGGGUCCCCUCUGGCACCGGGAAGGGGGUCCUGGCCCCCCCACAAGAGCUGCCCCCCCGUACAUAAGGCAAUAAAUUU